AUGUUUACUGAGAACUCUAUCUGGUACCCGGCAAUCGUCUUAGGAGUGAUUUGCGCUGGCUGUGUCUUCACUGGGGCCAAUCCAGGAUAUACGGCUUCAGAACUUACUCACCAACUCAAUGUUUCCGGCGCAAAAUGUAUCUUCACCGACCGCCAGCGCCUUGAAAUCGCGACGCAGGCGGCAACGGCUGUCGGAAUACCCAGAAGCUCCAUAAUCCUUAUCGACGACGGGGUUCAUUCCAAGACAGACGGCAUACGAAAUGUGAAGGACCUUCUCAGCCAUGGGAUGUAUCAUUGGAAAGUCCUAAAUGAUGUCGAGGAACUUUCGCAAAAGACUGCUGUUCUCAACUUCAGCAGCGGGACGACUGGUAAUCCGAAGGCAUGCAUGAUUACGCAUCGCAACCUUGUUGCCAACUCGGAGCAGACGCUGCAUCUCGAUCACUUGGCCAGAUUGAGAAAGUCGGAUCUGAAAUCGGCCAGCCAGGAUGUUCAUUGCGCGUACGUGCCAUUUUAUCACGCCAUGGGUCUUCUCACAUACUGUGUGGUCAAUAUCCGACGAUGCUGCACCACAGUUAUCAUGCGGAAGUUUGACUUAGAGUUAUUGCUGAGUAACAUUCAACGAUUCCGGGUCACAGAUCUGCUACUCGUCCCUCCAGUAGUAGUGAUGCUGGUCAAGAGUCAGCUUUUGUCCAGAUACGAUGUUUCUAGUGUCAAAACGAUAGUUUGCGGGGCUGCUCCUCUUCAACCCGAGCUCUCGGCACAGCUUGAAACAAUAUUUAGUGUGGGCAAGGCUCAUAGCAGGCAAGGAUGGGGCAUGAGUGAGGCUACCAUGGCUGUCACCUUGUUCGCACCCGAUGAGUUUGAUCCAUCUCACCAGAGCGUUGGGUAUAUUGUCCCCAACGUGCAGAUCAAGAUAGUUAACGAUGAAGGUCAUGAGGUGGACUAUGGUGAGGAAGGAGAGGCCCUCGUUCAAGGACCUAAUGUCUUCAAAGGCUACUACAAAAAUCCCGCCGCAACCAAGGAAGCUUGGACAGACGAUGGUUGGCUGAAAACGGGAGAUAUUGUCACAAUCCAGCCGAACGGGCUACUAAGUAUCGUUGACCGUAAGAAGGAAUUGAUCAAGGUCAAAGGAUUCCAGGUGGCACCAUCCGAGCUUGAGGGACAUCUCCUUCAGCAUCGGGGCGUCAAAGACUGUGCCGUCAUUCGGGUCAACCGGGACGGACAAGAGCACCCGCAAGCCCACAUUGUGCGAACAGGGGAGAAUGUUACCACCCAGUCAAUUCUCACCUUCAUGGACAGUCGACUCUCGCCAUACAAGCGGCUCACCGGCGGAAUUGUCUUCAGGGAUUCCAUUCCCAAAUCGCCAUCGGGCAAAAUUUUGCGCCGAAUGCUCAAAGAUGAGCACAAAGCCCGUGACUCGCAUCUGUAG